UUUAGCCAAUAGGACAAAAUGAUAGUGUUCUAUCUCUUAUAUGCACUGGCAUUUCUCAGACUGUCAGGUUGUGCCAGUGGUCCUGUGCUUGAUACAGAGACCUCCGAUGUGGGACAAACAGUGACUCUACGAUGUCCCCGUGAUCCCUCUGAGAGCAACACGUAUUUGUACUGGAUCAGACUUCUUCCUGGAAAUGUGCCGGAAUAUUUAGGAGGAACAUCGACAUAUGAUGACGAUAAAUCAUAUGGGACCAUCUCUUCCAUUAAAACAAAACAAGAACCUGGAUUCUUUGUUCUGAGUAUUGACAGACCACAGCUGAGUGACACUGGACUUUACUACUGUGUGAAAGUACAAAAUCUGAACAGACACAUGGACUUUGCCAGUGUCAUAUUUGUACACAUUAAAGGCCCAGACUCAGACGUGAGAGUGGAGAGUCCAGAUCUGUCUGGUCCAGUGGACUCAGGAGACUCUGUGGAUCUUCAGUGUUGGGUCCAGAUGGAGAAUGCUCAAUGUUUUGAGGAGCACAUGGUUUGGUGGUUCAGGUCUGGACUGGACCAGUCUGGUCCUGGUUUAGUCUACACUCAGAGGAACAGCUCUGCUCAGUGUAAGAGGAGCACAGAAGAUCCUGGUCCUCACAAAUGUCUCUACACUUUGUCCAAAACCAUGAGCCCCUCUGACACAGGGACGUACCGCUGUGCUGUGGCAGCCUGUGGACUCAUUCUCUUUGGGAAAUGGGACGAAAGUCAGUAUUAAAGAGAACAAUUGCAAUUCACACACGGCUAAUAUCACCCUUAUCCUGCUGAGUUCUGUCUUUGGUCUCAUUGUCAUUAUUACUCCCAUUUGUUUGACCAUGAAGAAACUCAACAAAACAAACCAAGGCCACAAUCAACAAGAACUACAGGUGGGGAUAAAAAAGUCAGAGUGUGAAGCCGCACUGCAUCGGGCGAUUGAAGCGUCAGAAACAGAAUGGGUUCUACACUUAUGUCACUUUUGUUCAUGUCAAGUAGAAUCAGAUCUCAUUCUGGUACAGUAACUUUUCUGAUAAACUAUUUUCUGAUAAAAUAUGUGGUGAAAUGUGUAAAUAAUGUGUAAAGAUGGAGCUUUAAUGGGUCUACUUUUAAAAUCAACUCUAGGUGACUGCAAGAUUAGCAAUAGGAAACAAAUAAUGUAAUAAGGAAAUAAAUAAAAUGUAAAUAUAUGAACAGUGAAAUUAAACUAAUAAACAUUUCCUUCAUGAACAACUGAUACUUUGUAGUUGAUGAAACGGGACCAUGAACAUUCGUACUGAUUUGAGUCUUUCAGACUUAAAACCUUAAAAUACACCAUACACAAUAGAGAUACAUGUAGAAAAUGAAUGUAAUUAUAACGGCUAACAAU